AUGGGCAUUGUGCGGGAAGGCUCUGCUAACACAAGUAGCCGUAGCCAAUUACCUCUAGAACUACAGGCGCUCGUGGAUGUCCAUCAAUCUGUUUGGAUGAGGAUUACACAGGGCUCUUCAGUCGGAGUCCAAAAGCGUUUUGCCAGCUAUGUGCAUGACUACUUAGAAGGAAGUAGGGAGCAAGUGUGUUUUAGGUCUCAGCGGCGGUAUCCAUCCUUUGACGAUCUCCUCGACAUGAGACGGAAAUCAGCUGGAGUUGCUCCCUUAUUUGCCCUGGCCGAGUAUGCGCUGAAAUUGGAUAUACCAGAGGAAGUCUUUCAAAGCAAGGCCGUUCGAGAGAUCCAACAAAUCGGCGUUGAUUUCGUUGUUAUAUCCUUUUCCCUCGAAACUAGCCAGAAUGAUAUUUUAUCUUAUUGUAAAGAGGAGACUGAAGGGGUGCCCCACAAUCUCGUUGUAUUGACGCGUUAUCAGAUGGAAUGCUCCAAUGACCCACUUCGAGCACAUCCACAGGCUGCAUUUGAUCGCGUGGGCGGACUUCUCACCAAAUUAUAUCAGAGAUGGUUUCUUGCCCUUUCGACGCUACCCUCGUGGGGUGAGAGAGUUGAUGCUGAUGUGCAAAGAUACAUCGCUAGCGUAAGAGCCAUUGUCGCAGCAAACUUGAAUUGGAGGUCAAGUGGCUAA